AUCGUCAAUGAUUCUGUGAAGGCAGAUGUGCAGAAAGCCCAGCGAAAUUACGAGGAAAAUACAGGCAACCUCCAGUUGGCUGCUAUGGUUCACUCGAGCCUUAGCAGAGAGCUUAUCAAGCAGAGCAAGCUCAGUCCGGAUUCAGUCAUGCCGCUCUCUUUUCAGCUGGCCUAUUUCCUGGCACACGGAGGCACUGCGGCCACCUAUGAAUCGUGCAGCACGUCUGCUUUCAAGCACGGGCGAACAGAAACAGUGCGGCCCGCAACAAUGGCCACAAAACAUUGCGUAAACGCACUCAGUUCGAACAAAGACCUCAAGCAUGCUAGACCCCUGCUGGAGGAGUGCUCUAGAGUUCACAACCAGCUCACAAAGGAGGCGGCCAUGGGUCAGGGGUUCGACCGCCACUUGUUUGCCUUGAGAGUCCUGGCUGAAGAGAAGGGGCGGGCCAUGCCAGCAAUUUACAGAGACAAAUGCUUCGAAAAGGCAAACCACUUUGUCCUUUCAACAUCCACCUUACAUGGUGUGGCUUUCAGUGGUAGAGGCUUUGCACCUGUCGUGCCAGACGGCUACGGCAUCGGCUAUGGCAUGGUUGAUGACAAGUUGGGAGCGCUGGUCAGUGCUUACAGCCCACAUCGGGACGCCAGGAAUUUCUCAGCGUGCAUGGCUGAAGCUCUAGAUCGUAUUUGUAUUGCCAUGAAGUGCACCUAGGUAGCGAUAGUAUUCUUUAAGUGAAGACUGUUGAUAAUGCAUUCCUCUAAUUUUUGGUUUAAUUUAAAGUAAUAGCUGCCACUUCACUAACAAUAAGUGAGCAUAGGGGCUCAAUCACUUUUUGUAUUCUUUGUGUAAGAUGGUAUUGACAAUUUCGUGGAGCAUACGGUGUACAGUGUCAUUCAGUACAGCAUCUAUGGUUAUCGUGUACCAUUUUACACUACAUUACGAAUCAGUGUUGUGAACAAAUGAAUGCAACGUACAUUUUAAGUAGCACACGUGAGCACGGACAUACAUAGUACAUACAUGUAUAUAUUGAUGCUUUGUACACUUGUAAAAGACAAUAAAAAGUAUUUCUUGAUCA